AUUUACCACAGACACUCUUGAUAUUCAUUUUGAUAUACGCUUUGGUUUACAAUGUGUUCCAAUCCGCGAGUGGAGAUCUGAAACAGAAAAAUGGAUCGGGUCCUGAAAGCUGCAAAAACUUCCGGUUCUCUUAAUCUUUCGAAUCGCUCUCUCAGGGACGUGCCAGAUGAGGUUUACAGAAGUUCAGAUGCAGCUGGAGAGGGUGAGAAGUGGUGGGAGACUGUGGAGCUGCAAAAGUUAAUACUGGCUCAUAAUAGCAUAGAGUCAUUGAAGGAAGACUUGAGACUUUUACCUCAACUUACUGUUUUGAAUGUUAGUAACAACAAGCUUACUGCACUUCCUGCUGCUAUUGGAGAGCUUUCAUUGCUUAAAUCAUUAGAUGUGUCAUUUAAUAUGAUUCAAACAGUUCCUGAUGAAAUUGGAUCAGCAACUUCUCUUGUCAAGUUUGAUUGUUCAAGCAAUCAGCUUAAGGAACUCCCGGGUUCAGUUGGAAGAUGUUUAGAUUUAUCUGAAUUGAAGGUAUCAAACAACUUAAUCACCAGCUUCCCUGAAGAUCUAGCAAAAUGUUUGAAACUGACAAAAGUGGAUGUGGAGGGAAACAAGUUACAAACCUUUUCUGAGAAUUUGAUGGCGUCAUGGACUAUGCUUACAGAACUUAAUGCAUCAAAGAACUUGCUGACUUGUAUACCAGAUAAUGUUGGAAGCCUUUCACGACUCAUUCGUCUUGACUUUCAUCAAAACAAAAUUUCAUCAAUACCACCAUCAAUAAAAGGCUGCUGUUCUCUUUUGGAAUUUUACAUGGGGAACAAUUUACUGUCUACUUUACCUGCAGAGAUUGGGGAAGUUUCUCGCUUAGCAACUCUAGAUCUUCACUCAAAUCAGUUGAAGGAGUUUCCUGUCGAGGGAUGCAAAUUACAUCUUUCAGUCCUGGAUCUUUCAAAUAAUUCUUUGAGUGGAUUGCCCUUAGAGAUUGGCAGGAUGACAACUUUGCGAAAACUGUUGCUUACGGGCAAUCCAUUGCGAACUAUACGAAGUUCAUUGGUUUCUGGACCCACCCCUGCUUUACUGAGGUAUCUUCGAAGUAGACUUUCUGAAGGUGAAGAUUCUGAAGCUAAUACUCCACCAAAAAAGGAUGUUAUUGCCAUGGCAUCGCGAUUAUCUAUCAGUACAAAGGAACUGUUUCUGGUAGGGCUGGGCUUGAGUGCUGUUCCAUCAGAAGUAUGGGAAUCAGGUGAAAUUGUAAAAGUUGAUCUCUCUAAGAAUUCCAUCCAGGAACUGCCAGUUGAACUUUCCUCAUGUGUUUCUCUCCAGACCUUGAUUUUAUCCAAGAACAAGAUCCAAGAGUGGCCUGGGGCAAUUCUGAAAUCACUUUCUAACCUUUCAUGUUUGAAGCUGGACAAUAAUCCACUCAGACAGAUUCCAUUGGAUGGAUUUCAAGCAGUAUCAAUGCUUCAGAUCUUGGAUCUAAGUGGUAAUCCAGCUUCAGUGUGUGAGCUUCCACCUUUUUCCAAGUUGCCUCAUUUGCAGGAGCUAUAUCUAAGACAUGUUCAACUGCAUGAAGUACCAUCAGAUAUAUUGAGCCUACUACAACUUCGAAUUCUUGACUUGAGCCGAAAUUCUCUGCAAUCAAUUCCAGAGGGUUUCAAAAGUCUUACCUCUCUCACUGAGCUUGAUCUGUCUGACAACAGUAUUGCAGCACUUCCACCAGAGCUGGGUUUUCUUGAACCAAGCCUACAGGCAUUGAGACUUGAUGGAAAUCCACUGAGAAGCUGUUUAAUGUUCGGUGGCUUGGAGAUUUUCAACUUUCAAAUACGAAAGAGGCUCUGCCGCUUGAACUCUUCCAAGCUAAAAUCAAGGGAAGAUUUCUUACGAUAAUACAAAAGAGAGAUUUUGCUGGAUUGUAAAUUUCUAUUUGUGCAAGGAUUGUUUACUGAUUCCAAAGAGAAUCAAAGAGACUUGUUUAAAUUUCAUAUCGUCCAUGUAGUUUCUACAGAAUUUAUAAAUAGAAGCAACCAUUCUAUGUAC